AUGGAUUACCUUACAGUACUCAACGAGGAGCUUUCGCCCGAGCUACGGAAAGAGUUUGCUAGGCUGGAAGAGCUGUUCACGGUGAAUACUGAGAUGUUGAAGAAGAUCACAAGACGUUUUGGAGAGGAGCUAGAGCAAGGUUUGCGAGAGGACCGCCAGAAUAUUCCUAUGAAUCUCACCUGGGUAACAUCGUUGCCCACCGGCCAUGAAAAGGGCACCUUCCUCACCCUCGACCUGGGAGGAACCAACCUCCGAGUCUGUCUAAUCACACUGGACACGCCUGGCCAGCCGGACGUUGUACAGCAAAAGUACAAGUUGUCCGAACACCUCAAGACAGGCUCUGCAGACGAGUUGUUCGACUUCAUGGCCGAUUCCUUGCAAGUGUUUCUCGAGCAGCAUCCCCACCAGACGAAACAGUGGGACAAAGAAUCACCGUUGCCUCUUGGCUUUACCUUCAGUUAUCCUGCCACGCAGGAAAGAAUCGAUCAUGGAGUCCUCCAAACAUGGACGAAGGGGUGGGAUGUCAAGGAUGUGGAAGGUCACGACGUUGCUGAGAUGCUAAGAAAAGCAAUCCAGAAACGGGACCUCCCGAUCAAACUUUUCGCGUUAGUGAACGACACCACAGGAGCAUUGAUCGCCUCGGCAUACAACGACCCCGAAACCAUCAUCGGCGCCAUUUUCGGCACCGGCUGUAACGCAGCGUAUAUGGAGAAACAGAAGAACAUCCCGAAAAUGGCGCGCUAUCCAUCCGCAGCUGGCAAUUCCAAAACCAAAUCGAACACCACUGGGAAUCCAGAAACGGACCGUGGCGACAACGGAGCAGAAUUAAUGGCUAUCAAUUGCGAAUAUGGCGCCUUCGACAAUUCGCAUUCCGUCCUCCCUCGCACGAGGUACGACGAGCUGAUCGACGAGGAAUCACCCCGGCCCGGCGAACAGACCUUCGAGAAGAUGUCCGCAGGCUUGUACCUUGGUGAGAUCUUCCGACUGGUGCUCGUCGAGUUGCGAGAUCGUGGAGUCAUCUUCCAAAAGAACGGAUCCCCAGCUGGAAGGGCGUCUAGAGGAGAGGUCAAUGGCUCGAAAGUACCCACCCAAGGUCUGGAUGAUGCAUAUGCACUCGACACGGAAUUCCUGUCUCUUGUCGAGAACGACGAGUCACCGAACCUGAUCGAGUCUUGCAAUGUCUUCGAGGCGCAUCUCCACCACGCCGAUUUGCCCACGAUCCCUAUCUCUCCAUCUCGCGAGGAGUUGCUGUUUUUCCGCCGUAUCGCGCAGCUAAUCGCCAUACGCGGCGCAAGACUCUGUGCCUGCGGUGUAUCGGCAAUUUGUCAACGGCUGGGGGUGGACAAGGGUCACGUUGCCGCUGAUGGGUCUGUGGCCAUCAAACAUCCGCAUUUCAAGACGAGGUGGGAGAAAGCCGUCGCGGAAAUCUUGGAUAUCGAGUACGGCAGAAUCGCGUUGACGAGUGCUGAGGAUGGAAGUGGCAUUGGAGCCGCGGUGAUUGCUGCACUGACAUUGAAGAGCGAUGGUAGCAACAAUCUUCAGCAAUGA